UAAAUUGUAGAAUUCCCUCAUCUUCCUUAGUCUCAGCAUCCGUAUGGCUUGCAAAUUGUAGAAGCCUCGGAGGUGUAACCAGAGAAGGUUCCCAUUGUUUUCAUUCUGGUGAGAUAUGUUAUGUGCCAUUAGAGUGAAAACUUAGUCCAUUGUACAGUUCUAUAUACAAGCUAAUUCAAGACAUUUGGCAAGAAGAAACGAUGCCAGAUGAAUGGAAAGAAGGAGUUAUUGUACCAAUACACAAAAAAGGAAACAAAAAGCAAUGUAUUAACUACCGGGGAAUAACACUCCUAAACACCACCUACAAAAUCCUUGCAAACAUCCUGCUAGAAAGAACCAAAACAUACACAGAAGAAAUCGUUGGAGAUUAUCAAUGCGGAUUUAGACCGGGCCGUUCUACUAUUGACCAGAUAUUCACAAUAAAACAGAUAAUGGAAAAAUGCUGGGAGUUUGAUCGUUAGCUUCAUCAGAUGUUCAUAUAUUUUAAACAAGCAUUUGAUAGAGUAUGCAGGGCUAGACUGUGGACAGCGAUGCAGGAACUUGGCUUUCCAAAAAAACUAGUCAGGUUGAUACGGGUGUGUAUGGAACGGUUACGAUGUAAGGUGAGGGUUGGACAACAAUACUCGGAGACAUUUGAAAUAAACAAUGGACUAAAACAGGGAGAUGCACUUUCACCACAACUCUUCAACUUAGCUCUGGAGCACAUAAUCAGAAGUGCAAGAAUCGAAAAACCGAAUACAGUAUUUCAUCGAGAAGGACCAAACUUACUACUGGCAUUUGCAGACGAUAUCGAUCUAAUAGGAAACACACGAUUAAGGAUGAAGGAGACCUUCGUGAGGUUCGAGAAGGAAGCAGAGAAGAUGGGCUCCAAAUCAACGAAAACAAGACGAAAUAUAAUAUAUUAUGUAUAUGAGCCGCAAUAACCAAAGCAGAGAUAGAAUUGGUCAGAACAUCACCAUCGAUGACUUUAAUUUUGAGCGCGUUAGAGAAUUCAAGUAUCUUGGAACAACAAUAACUGAAGACAAUAACGGAUCACAAGAAAUAAACAACAGGAUUCAGGCCGGCAACAGAUGUCUUUUUGCCCUCCAAAACCUUAUAAACUUGAAACAACUAACAAGACGUACGAAGAUACAGGUCUAUAAAACAAUCAUACGACCCGUUGUGAUGUAUGGAAGCGAAACGUGGACGAUAACAAAGGCAAACGGAGAGAGACUAUGUGUUUGGGAAAGAAAAAUCCUAAGGAAGAUCUUUGGUCCUGUGCUGGAUGAAGCAUCAUGACAAUAUAGGAUAAGAACUAACAAAGAGCUCGAAGAACUUUAAAACCACGAAGGGUUGUAACGCCACGGAGUAAGUAAGUUUUUUAGGUGAAGAUGUGCAAAGUGAUGCACAAAACAUUUUGAAAGAUUAUGCUACAAGUAUCAACAAUUUGAACCAAUAUCUUACAGCAAAUAAGAAACUAAGCGCUGAAGAAAAAUCUUUUGCAUGUGAAACAUGCAACAAACAGUUUUCACAAAGUUACAAGUUACAAAAACAUAAGAAGAUACACACCGAAGAAAAACCUUUCACUUGUGAAAUAUGUAGCAAAAAGUUUUUACGAAGUACAAAUUUGAAAGUACAUAUGAGAAGACACACUGGGGAAAAACUUUACAAGUGUGAAAUAUGUAACAAGCAUUUUUCAGCUAAUUUUUAUUUAAAAUUACAUAUGAGAAUGCACAAAGGUGAAAAACCUUUUGAAUGUCAAAUAUGCACCAAACUUUUUUCAACUAAAUAUUAUUUGAAAGUACAUAUGAAGGGGCACAAUGGGGGAAUAGCUUUUUUAUGUGAAAUAUGCAACAAACAGUGUCUAGAUGCUUCUUGUUUAAAAACGCAUAUGAGAAUUCACACUGGUGAAAAACCUUAUAAAUGUGAAAUAUGUAACAAACAUUUUUCAAAUAAUUAUUAUUUAAAAUUUCAUAUGAGAAUGCACAAAGGAGAAAAACUUUUCACCUGUGAAAUAUGCAGCAAAUACUUUUCAACUAACUCUUCUUUAAGAUUUCAUAUGAGACGACACAAUGGAGACAAGCCUUUUGAAUGUGAAAUUUGCAGCAAAAAGUUUUUACGAAGUACCUAUUUAAAGGCGCAUAUGAGAGUGCACACUGGUGAAAAACCUUUUGGGUGUGAAAUAUGUAACAAACAUUUUUCAGAUAAUACUUAUUUACAGUUACAUAUGAGAAAGCACAAAGGAGAAAAACCUUUUACAUGUGAAAUAUGCAGCAAACUUUUUUCAACAAAAUAUUAUUUAAGAUUACACAUGAAAAUGCACAAUGAGGAAACAUAUUUUGUAUGUGAAAUAUGCAACAAACAGUUUUUAGACAUUUCUCUUUUGAAAACGCAUAUGAGAAUGCACACUGGAGAAAAGCCCUUUUCUUGUGAAAUAUGCAACAAACAGUUUUCACAAAGUUCUAAUUUACAAGUCCAUAUGAGAGUACACUUUGGGGAAAAACCAUUUAAAUGUGAAAUAUGUAGCAAACAUUUUUCAGCUAAUUCUUAUUUAAAAUUACAUAUGAAAAUGCACAAAGGAGAGAAACCUUUUGAAUGUGAAAUUUGCGCCAAAGCCUUUUCACAAAGUUUUUAUUUAAAAGAACACAUGAAAACGCAUACAGGGGAAAAGCCAUUUAAAUGUGAAAAAUGUACAAAACAGUUUUCGCAAAGUGCUCAUUUAAAAUCACAUAUGAAUUUGCACACUGGGGAAAAGCCUUACAAGUGUGAAAUGUGUAACAGACAGUUUGCACGAAGUUCUUCUUUAAAAGAACACAUGAAAACACAAUUGCAUAUGGAGAAAUACCAUAUUUGAAUGUGAAAUCUGCAUCAAAGAGUUUUCAGAACGUCCUAAUUUAAAAACACAUGAAACUGCUGAAUUUUAGGGAAACGCAUUAUAAUGUAACAUGUGCACCAAACAGUUGAAGUAGGUACAUAUGAAGAAGUAGUUAGUCUGAUUAAGUAUUUGUAUUCCUGAUGGUUCAAUACUUCGGUCAUAUAAUGAGAGGACCUAAAUAUCGCUUACUCGUUAAUCAUUCCGGGCAAAAUCGAAGGAACACGCUGGGUUGGAAAAAAACAAUUGUGCUGGCUGCUUAACAUUAGACAAUGGACAGGUCGAACGGAAAGCGCUGGAAAGACAGUAAACAUCGACGCACAAGCCCUUUUAGGAGUCCGUGUAUGGAGAAGAGCAGCCACAGACAAGCAAGGGUGGAGGCAAAAAAUAAAGGAGGCCAAUUCUUAAUUUGGGCUGUAGAGCCGUAGAAGAAGGUCGAACGGUCGAGAAAUUGUUUCAGAUAGCUGCCGACUGAGAAACAUUUCAUCAGCUUGAUAAUACGAUGAUAGCCAACGCUUGAAAACAAGCACGGCACACAAAGAAGAAGAAUUCCUGAUGUUUUAUUUCUCUUGAUUAUUUAAAUAAAUGAGAUUCUAUACAA